AUAUAUAAAACCCUAACCCUAACCCUAACCCUAACCCUAAUUGAAGGAAGGAUGAGAAAUCCAAGCUCUUACUCUUCAUCUUCUUCAUCUACUCUCAAAAGGAAAGGUCCAACUCCCUGCUGCACCAAAGAUUCAGUGAAGAGAGGUCCAUGGACAGCUGAAGAAGAUGCAAUCCUUUCAAACUACGUCCAAAGAGAAGGUGAAGGAAAGUGGCGCACUUUGCCUCAACGUGCCGGCCUUCUCCGUUGCGGCAAGAGCUGCCGUCUUCGCUGGAUGAACUAUCUUCGCCCUUCCGUCAAGCGUGGUGCCAUCGCCGCCGAUGAAGAAGACCUCAUUCUCCGUCUCCAUCGUCUUCUCGGCAACCGAUGGUCUUUGAUCGCCGGGAGGAUUCCGGGGAGGACGGAUAAUGAGAUCAAGAACUAUUGGAACACUCAUCUUAGCAAGAAGCUUAUCGGUCAAGGGAUCGAUCCAAGAACUCACAAACCUUUCGAGAAUGGAGUUCAAGAACAUGCAAUUCAUGUUGUAGCUGAAGGAAACCCUAACCCUAACCCUAAUUACCCAAACCCUAAUAAUGUUAGUGGAGAUCAGCAGUUUAACUAUGAGGGCUUUGAGAAUUACUUGGAAGGGAUUGAAGUUGAUUGUGGAGAGAUUUGGAAGAGCACUGGUGAGGGUUUAUUCAUUGAUCAGAUGGAAUGUAAUGAAGGGAAGAGUGUCGAAGAGAACGAUGAGAUUUUCGGCUUUCUUAAUUCAUUGAUGAAUGAUGAUGUUGAUGAAUUGCAUGAGAUCAAAGAAUGAGUACAGAGAAGCAUCGUUUAUUUUGGUGGUGCUCUUGCAUGGAAUCAUAUAUAUAUAUAUCAUGAAGGUAAGUUUAGUUUGAUCUUCUAAUUAGGGUUUUAAGUUUCAAUGGUUUUAUAUUGAAGAAAAAAAGAAGAAGAAGUGUUGUUUGUAUUGUUGUUGUAAUGUAGUAUGAAUUUGUUAUUGUGAAAAUUAAGACUCUAAACUUUGUUGUUGUAAUUUGUAAUUAAAACCUUUUUUAUGUGAUGUUGAAUUAUAUAUAAUUAUGC